CUGUUUUUGUUGUAGGACUGUCACGUAUAGAUGCAAAGAAGCAAACCGGGUCUGAGAACGUUUUUUUCUUUCAUUGUAAGUAUGGAAGAUCUGUGUUUUUUGUGUGCUUAUUAAGCUGAAAUGGGAGAUGCUGAACUGCAAGAGUUUAGACAACGAUGGAAGGAGGAGUUGGAGAAAAACAACACGGACGUUGGACAAGGAGCUGGCGUGAGUAAAUUGGAGACGUGCCAUUACCCACUACAGGCACUUUCUGAAACGACUUUAACUCCUAAUUUUAAAGACUGCGGACACACCGAAAGUGCCCGAGUGAAAAUUAAAGCAGAGCAAGAGGGACCAUCUGACUCCAUUGGUGAUGCUCGUGGAGAUGAAACAUCAAGUUGCUCAAAUUUCCUCAGCGAAAAAGCUGGGAAGUCGGCGAAUGACGCUGGGUCUUAUUCUUUCCUGGCCCAAGGAAACUCCGAUACAACUAAAUCAUAUGUGGAGUACCCAACGUCUGCAUCGCAGUCCUGUUUGAUGCGGGCUGAUGUCAGCAGGAGCGAAGACCGUCGACCAAGCGCCCAGCCGUCGAGCAUUGAGGAUCAGCCCGGCUACGUUUCUAUUGCGGAGGGCUUGUUGGAUGGAAGGGCUAGCCCUUUGUUGGACAGAAUUCAGGCGGAGACUUCACGGAGAAAAAGGGCUCAUGCAAAGGCCACGGCAAAAAGAUAUUUUCAACAGCAGCCUCCGCAGAAGCUGCACAAGAAGGAAACGUUAUUGGAUCAGUUAAUACAGGACUUGAAUGAAUUAAAUGAAAUUCCAUUUUUUGAUGUGGAACUGCCAUAUGAAUUGGCACUGAAGAUAUUCCAGUACCUCAACAGGACAGAACUCGGACGGUGUGCACAGGUGAGCAAGCCGUGGAAAGCCCUCGCUGAAGAUGAAGUUCUGUGGUACAGACUGUGCAUGAAGGAAGGCUACCUCACUGGGGCGAGUGUUUCUGACUCCCCCUGCUGGAAGGGCACUUUGCGAGACUGCAGAAAUGUGGAGCACACUCUAAGGUACAAUUGGAAGAAUCGUGUUGGAUCCGUCACCCAUCUGCAGUACGAACUUGGCAAAGUGCUGUGUGACGUCAGCUCCUGUGACGGCUUGGUAAUAGCUGGGUACACGUCAGGUGAUGUCAGACUGUGGGAUACUCUGCACUGGGACUCUGGCGCCUCCUACCUGCGGCCCAGUCAUGUUGCCAUGGAAACAGCAUUAAGGCCACACAUAAGCCAUGUCCAAGUAAACAGAACUGUGGCAGUUGCAGCCUAUGAGGAUGGGGCUGUGGAUGUGUGGAGUACUGAAACAGGUCAAGAGCCCAUACACCACUUCCAGCACCUCCAGAAGGUGCAGGGCCUGGCCUUGGGCUCAGAUGGUGCUACUGUGGCUUCAGCCUGCGGUUCACGAGUGCGACUGGACUGUCCAGUUGAUAAGGGCUACUGGAAGAUGCUUUACCAGACUGAACUUCAGAAGCCAGUGGAGUUUCUCCGGCUUGCCCCCGACACAGAGGAAGUGCCUCUGGCUGUGGUGUCUGCUGCUGAAACAGUGUACCUGCUGAGAGCAGAGCAGGAUCCCAGUGUUCUCCACUCUGUCUAUGGCCAUCCUGUGACCUGCAUGGAUGUGUCAUCCUCGCAGGCAGCCCUAGGGAUUAAGAGUGGUGGGUGGGCCAUGAACGAUGGCAACAAGAUCCAGGUGUAUAGCUUACAGACAGGCAAGACAGAGCUGGCGAUGGGGAACUCAGCUGGAGAUUUCACUUGCGUCAAUCUGAGAGACAGCCCGCCACAUCUACUGGUCUCUGGGAACAAGGACAGGAGGGUGAGGGUGUUUGACCUCCGUACUGGGAGCUGUGUGACCUCGUUGUACGCCCAUCAUCUGGGCGUGUCGGCUGUGCAGACAGAUGAUUGGAAGAUUGUGAGUGGGGGAGAAGAGGGGCUGGUCUGCGUGUGGGAAAUGAGAAUGGGAGCAAAACUCUGGGAGAUGCACAACAGACAUCCGGUCCGUCACGUUCGGUUCUCCACCAGCACCCUGGUGACGGCUAACAUCCCGGACGAGAAGUACCCUCGAGGUGCCUGCAUCACCGACGACGACCUGACUGCACAUCGCAGGCACAGAGGAGUGAUCUACUUGUAUGACUUCUCAGUUGACAUGUUGGCGCUGGAGCACGUCCUCCCCAUCUGUCGGUCAGACUACACGGAAUCCACAGGCUACAGUUACAACAUUGGACUGGCAAUGCCCUAUGACAUCCUGACGGAGCCCCGGUCUGUCGUGUGACACACACAGGGGCGACGCACAUUGCAGCUACACAACAUGCACUCACACAGUGCUUGGUGAUGCCAGAAUAAUCUUUAAAAAAUAUAUAUAUUUAAAAAAAAAGACUUUAUUCCUACCCUUUCUCUUUUAAACAUCCAGUUCGCUUUUCUUGGAGGGGGGUGGCUUGUUUCGUUAUUUUACAAUCUGAUCUGCUUUUAAGAUAUUAAUUCAUGUAAUUAUGAAUGUUGUCAAAUAAUUUUAAGCUGCAGGGAAAGCUAUAAUUUGUUGAUAAUGGUUCAGAUAAUUAGACCAUAAAUUAGAUAUAUCUAAUUACAGAUAUGUAGUCUUUCAUUUUGUUAUGUAAGAAAACUCUGUACAGUACAAUACAUGUAUUUCUUCUUAAACAUGUUUUAUUUGUAAUUUGUUUACCUUUAAAGUUCUUCAAUCAGGUUUAAAAUGUGAUUUAUGUUUGAGGGUAAUAUUAGCUUGUAAUCAGUGUGUGAUUAAUCUGAUCAGAACAUUAUAAGAUCUGUAUGUAGGGGGAAAAUGUAGAAUUAAAACAAUGUAAUUCUUA